CUUGUGUUUUUUUCAUCACCUCACUGCACACACGUUUCUCUCUUUUGCUUCAUUUCCAGGUGCUGGUGCUGAAGUAGUGGCCUUUCUAUAUGGUUGUUGGUUGGUUGCUAUGUUUGAUUUCCAAAUUAUUCAACCAUGAAGGGGUCCAAUUUGUUUGAUUUCUUCUAGCGUACAGUGGUGUUAUUGGGUGCAAAAGUCAAUCUGCUGGUUCCAAACCAAGUUUCAACAAUGAUUCUUUCUGCCCUUUUAACUUCUGUGGGAAUUAAUCUUGGCCUCUGUUUUUUAUUUUUCACCCUAUAUUCUGUAUUGAGAAGGCAGCCUGGUAAUAUCACUGUCUAUGCGCCACGCCUAGUUGCUGAAGGAAAAGUUAAAGAGGGUGGCCAUUUUAACUUGGAAAGAUUGUUACCUACUGCUGGUUGGGUGAAGCAGGCAUGGGAGCCUUCUGAGGACGAAUUUUUAUCAUCUUCAGGCCUAGAUGCUUUUGUUUUCAUGCGCAUAUUUAUCUUUAGUUUGAAAGUAUUUGCUGUUGGUGGACUUAUUGGUAUGUUUGUUCUUGUUCCAAUUAAUUAUGCGGGGAGUCAACUUAGUGACGAUUCGGAUUUUCAGCACAAGUCUCUGGAUUCGUUCAGUAUUUCUAAUGUUAAUAAUGGUUCAAACAGGUUAUGGGUCCACUUUUCGGCUGCAUAUAUUUUCACUGGAAUUGUUUGCUAUCUUCUUUAUUGUGAGUAUUUGUACAUUUCAUCCAAAAGAAUUGCUUAUUUCUAUUCAUCCAAGCCUCAACCUCAGCAGUUUACCUUAUUAGUCCGUGGUAUUCCUGUUCCACCUGGAAGUACAUGUCAUGAUACUGUUGAGCGUUUUUUCCUAGAGUAUCACCCUUCCACAUAUCUCUCACAUUCGGUGAUCCGCCGAAACAACAAACUUCAAAGUCUUGUUAAUGAUGCAGAUAAACUGUACAAAAAGCUUACCAAUCUGAAACAAAACAAUGAUGCUCCUAAAAGGCACCGACGAGAUGGCUGUUUGGGAAUUUGUGGCCGCAAAGUCGAUAUUGUAGAUCACUAUGAAAGGAGAUUGGGUGAUAUAGAAGAUAAUGUGAGACUGGAACAGUCCUCUCUAGAAGCAAAGGAAGUUCAAGCUGCCUUUGUCUCAUUUAAGACACGGUUUGGUGCUGCAAUAGCUUCGCGCAUUCAAGAAAGUGUCAAUCCCACAGAAUGGGUUACUGAGAAAGCUCCUGAGCCUCAUGAUGUUUAUUGGCCUUUCUUUACCGUUUCAUUCCUCAAAAGAUGGAUCAGCAAGGUGGUAGUCUUUGUUGCCUGUACUUCUAUUACGGUUCUCUUUUUGAUUCCAGUUGCAAUAGUACAAGGUCUUACCCAUCUUGAUCAAUUGGAGACGUGGUUCCCCUUUUUGAAAGGCAUACUAAGACUGUCAGUUGUUAGUCAAAUUAUAACAGGAUACCUUCCCAGUUUGAUUCUUCAGCUGUUUCUGUCAUUUGUUCCACCUAUUAUGGUUAUGCUUUCAUCCAUGCAAGGAUACAUUUCAUGGAGUCAAAUACAAAAGAGUGCAUGCACUAAAGUAUUAUGGUUUACUGUCUGGAACAUCUUCUUUGCCAAUGUACUAUCAGGGUCAGCUCUCUAUCGAGUGAACGUCUUUCUUGAGCCAAAAGAGAUUCCCAGAAUACUAGCGGAAGCUGUACCAUCCCAGGCAUCCUUCUUCAUAGCAUAUGUUGUAACUUCUGGAUGGACCACUAUAGCAUCAGAACUAUUUCAAUUGACUACACUUCUUUCCAAUUUUAUGAGCAAAACUUUUUGUAGAAAUAAUGGUGAUUUUGAUCCCCCUUCAAUACCUUACCAUAGUGAAAUUCCCAGGAUUCGUCUCUUUGGUCUUCUUGGUGUAACAUACUUCAUCCUUGCUCCUUUGAUACUGCCAUUUCUCUUAGUCUACUUUUGUAUGGGAUACAUCAUUUAUCGUAACCAGCUGUUGAAAGUUUAUGUGCCAAGGUUUGAAACUGGAGGAGAGUUUUGGCCUACAGUGCACAACUCCACAAUUUUUUCUUUGGUACUGAUGCAUAUAAUAGGCAUUGGUAUUUUUGGCUUGAAGAAACUUCCCCUUGCAUCCAUAUUGACUAUUCCUCUUCCAAUUCUCACACUGCUAUUCAAUGAGUAUUGCCAGAAACGGUUUUUCCCUAUAUUCAAGGAUUACCCUGCAGAGUGUUUGAUUAAGAAGGACAGAGCAGAUCAGAACCAGCAUAAUAUGAUAGAAUUUUAUGAUGAAUUGGCCAAUGCAUACAAUGAUCCAGCUCUGAUGCCAAAGAAGUAUUCUGAGAGACCUGAUAGUCAGAGAUCUCCACUUCUGAAUAGUUCAUAGCUACCUUCCUAUGGCCUUGGCUAAAACUCCUAACAAGUUUAUUUGAUUGUCCUUUGGAUGUCUGUAGUGUUCUUUGUAAAUUGUUGGAUUUGAUAAUGUCUGAAGUGUUCUUGUAAAUGGUUGGAGUUGAUAAUGUGUGUUUGUAACGAGUGCAGAAACUUGUAAUAUCAGUAUAAGCAAUUGCAA